AGUAACAGUGACUCCAGCCAGGGUUUUGGUUUGAGCUCCUGGGAGAAUUGAAUUGUGAUUGACUAAGAUUCUACUCUGUUUGCUGAACUUGGCUAUUUCACAGAUACAGAUGACCUGCAAUUGGAUGCAGCAAAGGAAACUUAUGAAAACAAUUUUGAUAAUCUUGAUUUUGACUUGGAUUUGAUGCCUUGGGAAACAGGCAUUUGGGACAUCAACAACCAGUUCUGUACAGUUAAAGAUGUGAAAGCAGAAGCUCAGCCACUGUCUCCAGCCUCCUCAAGUGGUUCAGUGUCCUCUCCUCAGUCGGUGGACUCUUGCUCCUCAACUCAGCACGUUCCUGAAGAGUUGGAUUUGUCGUCUUCUUCCCAGAUGUCUCCCCUUUCCUUAUAUGGUGAAAGCUCUCAUAGUCCCUCCUUAGCAGAGCCACUGAAAGAAGAUAAGCCCAUCAUUGGUCCUAGCAAAACUGAAAAUGGACUGACUCCAAAGAAAAAAAUUCAGAUGAAUUCAAAACCUUCAAUUCAGCCCAAGCCUUUAUUACUUCCAGCAGCACCCAAGACUCACACAAACUCGGGCGUUCCAGCAAAAACCAUCAUUAUUCAGACACUACCCACGCUUAUGCCAUUGGCAAAGCAGCAGCCAAUUAUCAGCAUACAUCCUGCACCCACUAAAGGUCCCACCGUAGUGCUCUCUCAGCCCGCCAUGGUGCAGCUUCAGGCACCUGGAGUUCUGCCCUCUCCUGCCCCUGUCGUUGCUGUUGCUGGGGGUGCCACACAACUACCUAAUCAUGUGGUGAAUGUGGUCCCGGCCCCUGUGGCAAACAGCCCCGUGAAUGGAAAGCUCUCUGUGACUAAACCUGUCCUACAAAGUACCAUGCGAAGUGUGGGCUCAGAUAUUGCUGUGCUAAGAAGACAGCAACGUAUGAUAAAAAAUCGAGAAUCUGCUUGUCAGUCCCGCAAGAAGAAGAAAGAAUAUAUGCUUGGUUUAGAGGCCAGAUUAAAGGCUGCGCUUUCGGAGAAUGAGAAGCUGAAGAAAGAGAAUGGAUCACUGAAGAGGCAGCUGGAUGAAGUUGUGUCAGAGAACCAAAGGCUUAAAGUUCCUAAUCCGAAGCGAAGAGCUAUCUGUGUGAUGGUAGUAUUGGCAUUUAUAGUGCUCAACUAUGGACCCGUGAGCAUGUUGGAACAGGAUUCCAGGAGAAAGAAUCCUAGUGUGAACCCUGCAAAUCAAAGGAGACAUCUUCUAGAAUUUUCUGCUAAAGAGGUGGAAGACACAUCAGAUGGUAUCAUCCAGAAAAACAGCUACAGAUAUGAUCAUUCUGUUUCAAAUGACAAGGCCUUAAUGGUGCUAAGUGAAGAACCACUACUCUAUAUUGCUCCACCUCCUUGUCAGCCCCUCAUUAAUACCACAGAAUCCCUCAGGUUAAAUCAUGAACUUCGAGGAUGGGUUCAUAGACAUGAAGUGGAAAGGACCAAGUCAAGAAGAAUGACGAAUAAUCAGCAGAAAACCAGAAUUCUUCAGGGUGCUCUGGAACAGGGCUCAAAUUCUCAGCUCAUGGCUGUCCAAUACACAGAAACCACUAGUAUCAGCGGGAACUCAGGGAGUGAGCUCCAAGUGUAUUAUGCAUCACCCCGAAGUUAUCAAGAUUUCUUUGAGGCCAUCCGCAGAAGGGGAGACACAUUCUAUGUUGUGUCAUUUCGAAGGGAUCACCUGCUGUUACCAGCUACCACCCACAACAAGACCACAAGGCCAAAGAUGUCAAUUGUAUUACCAGCAAUAAACAUAAAUGAAAACGUGAUCAACGGGCAGGAUUACGAAGUCAUGAUGCAGAUUGACUGUCAGGUGAUGGACACUAGGAUCCUCCACAUCAAGAGCUCGUCCGUCCCCCCUCAUCUCCGAGACCAGCAGAGAAAUCAAACCAACACCUUCUUCGGCUCCCCUCCAGCAGCCACUGAGGCAGCCCACGCUGUCAGCACCAUCCCGGAGUCAUUACAGUAGUGCUGGGAGGCUGCGCUGGAAAAUACGGUGGGACUCGGCCAGGCUGGACAGCAGGGGGGAGACCUGUCCCUCUCUGCCUUCUGGGUGGCAGGCAGAGAUUGCUGCUGCGCAGGAGGGUUUCAGGGACAGCGGAGAAAGCUGUUUUUCACCGUCUGCCCUUCUACUUGGAAAGCACUGAAAUUCAGGCACCAGGGAAACAGCACUCUUCCAACGGCAAAGCCCCCCUUGCUGCCCAGUGUAGAUUUUUUUCUGUACCCUUCUGAAUUGCUUUUCCUUCUGUAUUUCUUUUGUGUUUACAUAGUCAUCUUUAAAAUAAGAUCCUCUUCCCUUCUCUGCCAUUUCACUUCUUGAUAGAGAUUUUUAUUUACAGCUGUACAGCACACCGAUGUUGCCAGUAAUUAGUUUUUAUUAAUUUAAUGCAAAUCCAUUGUGGAUAUUGUGCUUAUUGGGAACAGAUUUCAAAACCAGAACAGCCAGAAAACCACCCCCAGAAAGAGUCAGGACAGUUGAGAGCUUCAGGUAAAAGGGAAAAAUCCCCUGGGUGAAGUUGAUCUUUGGGAAUGGCAGCUCCCGCCGCCGCCAUGUGUGAGUGACUCUGUGGGGCGCCAGGGCGAGGGCAGCAGGUUGGAGAGGAUGUAACGGAAGAGCAGGGUCAGUGGUGGGCCUCAGGCGAGAGGAGCCAGCUCUGUUACCAAGGGUUGAACACGCUGUAAGUUUUGAUGUGACUGGAGUUUAAGAUUAAAGGCGCAGCAAGCAUUUUUUCUGAGGCCACGGAGUGUCCACAUCUGCGCUUGUGUGCUUCCCUCGCCUGGGCAGGUCUGCAAGGACCCUGGGAUAAAUCCUUCACUUUAACUGUGACUUCCCACCCACAACACACCUUCUAUGGAUGUGACGCUACCAGAUCUGGCUCAGGAACACGUGGGGUGGUGUUAAGCAAAUAAAUGUUUUUCUCAUGAGAAUUGACAAAGGAUGGACUCCCUGAGGCUCCGCAGAUGGGCAGGCUUGGACUCCUUGGUCGGGGACUGCAUCCCACCCACACCAGCAGCUUCAGCUUCUCCAGUGAAAAGACAGUGAAGGAAUGAAUUUUUCUGUCCUCCCAUGAUGGGUACAAAAGAAAGAACAAAAAACUAGCCCUACUGCGUUCCCUUACACCUUCCUGUGCUUUGACUCCUCUCCCCUCCUGUCUGGUUCUGCCUUCAGUUUCUAACUCGAGUCCUCCUUACUCUCCUGGGAGGCUUUGCACUUUCUCACUAGAACUUGUUCUGCAGACACGGCCUCUUCCCCUGAUCACCCGCCUGGGGUGGCCUUCUUCCCUUUCAGCCCGCGCUCUGGCCUUCCCUUCCCUCCAAACCCGAAGAGGAAAGACUCCUGUGCAAGUGUCCUGUGGCCGGUCACCGUCUGCCUGCAAGUAGCCUGGCUCCUGAAUAAUUCUGAGGUGUCACUAACAAUUCCAGCUCAGGAUAGCGAUGCCUCUCUGCCCAAGCCAGUGGGAGGCUCCCCGAGGAGAUCAGUCUGUGAGAUCAGUCCUUUGAGGGCUGGGGUGCUUUGUGGCCACGGUCCCUGGGGAUCUGGAUUUUGGUUAUGUUAAUAGCCUCGGAGAGCCCGGGCCACACUGCCUCUGUGGCGACUGUCCCCAUGUGGGGUGACGUCCAUACGAGAAGUCUGCACCGGGACUGCACCACCUCCAAUGGGUUCCAGGACCAGAGGGCUGUGUGGACAGACAAGACUCACAGGUGGCAGGAAAACUUCUCUUGGGAGCGUCUUCUUCCAUCCCAUGUCCUUCCAUCUGUCUUGCAAACCAGCCAAGCAAGCAGCUACAGGCAAGGGGACAUGGUCAUUCCCAAGGUGCUGGUCCACCGGAGCUGUCAUCACUGUCACAGUGGACGUGAGCCCAGCCUUACAGACAGUGCUUCCUCCCUGCACUGACUCACACCCCACAGACCGCCACACCAGCUUCUCGCCCCCUGCUUGUGCUUUGCCCUCCGCGCCUGCUUCCCCUGACCUGUCCCACCAGACGGGGCACUUCUGUUGCACUGGCCCAGCUUGAGGCCCCUCCUGCAAGUGGCAACGCGGGUAAUGGGCACAAGGAGUCGUGACUGCCAGCAGCAGCCUGGGAGCAGCUCCGGCUCUCCUCCUGCUGAGCAGGCUGCUCCCCAGGGUGAAGCCUCUGGAAGGGACGGGAUGACACCUGACAACUGCAAAGAAGUCUGCUCUUCUAAUUGGCAUCAAAGCUCUUAUGAAUUCCUGCGCCCCACGGUGGUUUUGACUUACCGUCUGUGCUCACACCAGUGGGGCUCAUUGGGAAAGAGAACGUGGCUGUGCCUGACGGAUAAAUUAAGCUGCUGUUUUGGGGUGAAAUCGCCUUUUGGGUAUUGCAGCCAGGAAUUGCAGAGGAUACGCAUAUAAAUGUUAAUUUAUUAAGUUUUCAUUAAGUGGGAUUUUUGUAAGCUUGUAGGAUAAUUAGAUAAAGCAGAGGAGGCAAGGCCACCCAUGGGUAGAUGACUCUUCCAUUGGUUCGGCCAGCGUGCCUCUCCUGGGAAGCGAUGGUGGGCCCGGGAUGGUUCUCCCACCCACUUGCAAGGCCUGUGUGUCAAGGCUGCACGGCAGUGGCUGUUGCUUCAGGUAACUCCUGAGGCAGAUGUCGGGGCUCCCCCCACGGGGCCCACUCCCCCAGCAAGACAGACACACAGCUCCGUUGGCGUGGUAGCGUAAACGGCCUCUUUCCAAGGUUAGGAUUUGUUAAAAGGAUUAUCUUGAAUCAAAAGCUUGCCACGCUUGUAGUUUAGAUGCUUUACAUUAAAUUAUUGGGUGGGGUUUAUCUUUUCACAAGUAAAAAAACAAAAACAAAAACUGUAAUUAUAAAAUCUCAGAGCAUCUUUUAACUUUUUUCUAAAUGACCACAGGCUCCAGCACCAAGUUGGCAUGUCUCUGCCUUUUCUUGUUAGCAAGAAGUAGACACGGAGGUAUUUGAAAGCAGCAACGUUACAUGACUCAUUCUUGAGUGUUCUGAACAAACAUUACUUAGAAACAGACAAGCAACUUGGGAUUCAAACUGGUUUUUGUAUCAUUUUUAAAGAGACACUGUCCCAACUAAACCUUCGUGGCUUGACUCUUCCCUCCGGGCAUGAGCCCCAGUUGGCACAGCAGUGACCCUGAUAAGACGGCCGUUGCUGCGGCAGUUGGAUGAUGGAAACCAGACAACUCUCCAGCUCCUUGCGACUUUUGCACUACUUUCUGGCUCUUGCCAUUUUACUCAGCUCAGGUUGUGAAACUUGGCAGAAAACUAGCACAGGGAAAAACCCGUCUUUGACUUUCUAACACUGAAAAGUUUCAAAGCCACUUCUAUGUUCAGCUACCUAUUAGAAGUAACCCCUUCUUACUGACGAGCCAGAGUAAGACCCCACGUCCCCUUCGAUCUGACCUCGUGGAUGUUUUCCACCCAGGGAGGCCCCUGCCACUGCCUCCACUGGGCCCACAGCCUCCGGCAGCAGGUUCACAGGAACUGAAGUUCGAAUGAAGCCUUUCGCACUAUUGGCUGUUUCAUAUGAAUUAACCUCUCAAGAUUGCUUAAUGCUAGAAUCAAUAGAUGCUCAUUACCACCUCUGGACACCACCUUCUUUACCAGAAUGUUGUCUUUGCCCAUGCUGAGUCCUUCUGAUUUACAGAAAAGAGGAUCUUUGCUGCUAAUAUGAGCACUAAUUAUAUUACAUACCUUUAAAGCAAGAAUAAAGCCUAAAGAAAGGAAAUGGGAGAAAUUUUCAUUCCAACCCCAAGUAACAUUUGGGAGGAGCAACUCCUUUGCCUCCCAUCUGCCACCACCACCACGGUCGUGGUCGAUUUUUAAUUUUCUGGGACAACAGAAUACUGGACUACCCAAAAAAAUGUUGGUGGAGUCCAGAUGGAACUAUGCACAUAAAGGAAAUAUAGUUUUCUCCUACCUGAAAAUAGAAAUGAGAGUGUAUCCUGUUAACUUCUAUUUUUAGUGACUAAGCUUAAAACAAAGUUUAUUUUAGAUAAGCCUGGAACUUUGAGCAGAUUGUUCUAAUAGCUAUGUUAUCUGUCAGGUUAUGAAAAGAUGAACAGAGUCAUCUGGAUCAGGAGAUUUGGUCCUGUGUGCAAAUGAUGUCAUGGCUAGCCACUGUCAGAGAAUGGACACCAGUCUUGACAUAUAAUGGUUUGCUAACGUUAAGCAUUAGCGGUACGGGACAUUAAGACUUAAUUCCAUUAGUUUGGGGAACCAAGGAGUAAAUAAGUUGUAUUUUAUCGUUUGCCAAGGUCAGCCGACAGCACACUGUCAUGCUGCUUGCACCCAGGAUAGUUGGCGAACAUCAGGUCAGCCAGGAGGCUGGAGAUGGCCCCCGGAGUGUCCCCCAGAGAGAGACCCGCAGGUCGACUCACAGUCAGUGUCUGUUGGACCGUUGAGCUCACACUCAGCCCUGCUUUCCAGGUCAGCCAUCUGGACGAGAGGGGGAAAGAGAACCUUAGAUGAAAACCGCCAGGGACUGCUGGCCUGAAGACCGCAGUUUCUUGUUUCUCAUCAUGUUGGCAAGUUUUGUUGGGCUAAGACCCAUCAUGCUUCAUGCAUGGAGCCAUUAGAGCCAGAGGAGUGUUCACCAAGCUUUUCCCCAGGGUUUUCCUUCUAAGGUUGCAUCCAACUAAAUUAAGAACAGGUUCAAGAUGGGGAGGAACGAGGUACCACGGUCUCCCGUAGUAGUUGUGUUGGUUUACGAGGCAUAAAGAAACCAUGACAGUGGACUUAACAUGCUUUUAAGCAGGUCUUUACCAUGCAAUAUUUGUUCUUUGUCUAAGAUGCAAAUAAAGAAUUUUUAAACUUGC